GCUGAGGCAGGCGGGGCUUAGAGGAAACCCUGGCCGGGUAGCCCCUCCCCGAGUGGGGCAUAUCUCUGCGCUGUCCCUGGCCCUGCUCAGAGUUCUCAACUAGAUGGGACCAAAGCUUAACUGGCCCGCAGAUCCACACAUCAGCCCCCGGGGGAGAGAGAGAGCAGAGACGAGGAGGCAGGAAGGGAAAGCAGCUCACAGAGAGCAGAGAGCUGCUUGUGUGCACGCCAGCUGAGAGAGAUACACUUUUCCUGUAGAGCUGUUAAUGAGGCAGGCACUCCACCUCAUCUCAGUCUGGCGUCCAGAGGUGGCCAGGGGGGGACGAAGUGUGUGACUUUAUUUUGCAACUUUUGAACACUGGAACUGUACUGUGAGCAUUAUGACUCUUCUGGGCUCUGAGCACUCCAUACUGAUACGAAGCAAGUUUAGAUCAGUCCUACAGUUAAGACUUCAGCAGAGGAGGACACGAGAGCAGCUGGCAGACCAAGGCAUCAUGCCUCACCCAGCCUCAGACGGCUCCUCUUUAGAGGACCAGAUGAGGCUAAAGCGAGCCCGGCUCGCCGAGGACCUGAAUGAGAAGCUGGCUCUCAGGCCAGGGCCCCUGGAGCUGGUCCAAAAGAAUAUCAUUCCCCUAGACUCUGCCGUCACAAUGACAGUUAACCAUGGUAAGUUCCCCAAGCAGGAGGACUCUUAUGCAUUUGAGGAGGACAGCAGCAGUGAGAGUCUGUCUCCAGAGCAGCACCACAGUGACGAGUCGCAGGGCUCGGCCUGCCCUUCAUCUGAGGCUGUCGGCAGUACGCCCUCCUCCUCCUCCUCACCUGCCCUCACCAGCCCACGUCAGGGAGGUGCAGCCCGGGAUCCACCUGAUCAAAGCCAGGAUGAAGGGCUGUCUGGUGCCAACAACAGCCAGGCUACUCCCCCAAUACCUGUUCCUGCUAUUGUCAAGUCCAAGACGUCAGACAAGAACCGACACAAGAAACCCAAAGAUGUGAAGCCAAAAGUGAAGAAGCUCAAGUACCACCAGUACAUUCCUCCAGACCAGAAGGCUGAGAAGUCUCCUCCGCCCAUGGACUCGGCCUACGCCCGACUCCUCCAGCAGCAGCAGCUCUUCCUGCAGCUGCAGAUCCUCAGCCAGCAGAAGCACGCUCACACACAUCCGCAGUCGCAGCAGUCGCAGCAGCACACACACACUCCACAGACUCAGGCCCAGCAGCGGCAGCCCGCUUUCAGCUACCAGCCUCAUCCACCAACCCAAACCCAGAAAGGAACCAGUGAACAGCUAUCAGCUUGUAGCUCCAGUGGUCCGUCCAGCCAAGCCAACAGUAACUCGUCCUCACCAGUCAAGAACACAUAUGCCAACCAGAGUAACAUCUCCCCGGUCAAACCUGGGCCCCUGCCAGCUAAUCUGGACGAUCUGAAAGUGUCAGAGCUCAGGCAGCACCUUCGUAUCCGAGGCAUGCCCGUCUCCGGCACCAAGACGGCCCUCAUCGAGCGGCUCCGACCCUUCAAGGACUCCAACACCGGCUCUUCGCCCUCAGGCUCCUCUGACAUCACCACAGUGACCUUCCCUGUCACACCCACAGGAUCCCUGUCAUCCUACCAGUCCCCAUCCUCCUCCAGCGCUCUGUCUCAGGGAGGCUACUACCCUUACCCCAGCACCUCCUCCACCCCUCCCAUCUCUCCAGCCUCCUCUGAGCUGUCUCUCAGCGGCUCCCUCCCCGACAGCUUCAGCGACGUGCCCAUGUCCUCGCCAACGCAGUACGCCCUGCAGCCGUCUCCGGCCCAGCUCAGCAUGGAGGACGGCCUGGGAGGGGGAGGACAGAGGGUGGGGGAAGGUGGGGGUAUGGAAGGUGUGGAUGCUGAAAAAGAUAAGAUGUUGGUGGAAAAGCAGAAGGUGAUUGAGGAGCUGACAUGGAAGCUGCACCAGGAGCAGAGACAGGUUGAAGAGCUGAGGAUGCAGCUCCACAAGAGGAAACGCUGCUACGGAGCAACACAGGACACGGCCCCUCCUCCAUCUCACCCCUCCAUACACCAUCAGCAGACUCCAGCCAUGAUGGGACAGCACUUCUUUGGGGUGACAAUCAAGCAGGAGCCCAUGUCUUUGUCCUCCAGCUGUCCUCUGUCCUCUCCCAAACAGCUGAAAAGCUCUCCUGGCAGCUGCAUGGAGGAUAUGGGACACUGCAACAACCCCCUCUCCACUAUGGGGGGCUCCGGGGGGCCGCAGUGUAUGGACACUUCCUCUGGCAGCCCCGCCACAAUGUCUGCUUUCCUCAGUCCACAGUGCUCGCCACAAGACUCCCCUACUGGAAAGCCUUCCAGCAGCCCCCAGCCUUCGUCUCCUAAUAACCCUUACUUGCUAUCACCUCCGCUGGGAAGAGACGGCUGCACUCAUCCCCACCCCCAGAGCAAUAACAGAGCACGCAGCAUGCAGAUGCAGCAGAAGAACGGUGGCCAGGCGGUGAACUGUUCUUAUCCUUCUGACCAAAGAGGCCUUCAAGGAGUCUUUCCCAGCUCCGCUGACUGUGGCCACAGCGGUUCGGCUAAGCCUGAGAACCAGAAUAUGCAACCAAAGAUGUCAGUAUUACCCUCUCCUCGGCAUGCUGGCCAAAAGUGCCAGGUCCCUCCCCCUGUCUUCAGUAGCUCAGAUUCAGAUGCAUCAGACUUAAGACAGCCCCCAUGCUAUGAGGAUGCAGUCAAGCAGCAACUGACCAGAAGUCAGCAGAUGGACGAACUUCUGGAUGUGCUCAUAGAGAGUGGAGAGAUGCCAGCUAACGCCAGAGAAGAGAGGGAGAGGGCCUCUGUAACCAAAGUUGUGCCUCACAUUACUGUGUCCCCAGGGUGUCCAGGCCUCCUCAUCCCGAGAUUCCAUAGACACUACGAGCACCUGUCCCCCAGCCAGCACCCUUACGACCACUCGGCCAAUCACAUCCCCGAGAGCCACCUGGAGAAUUUGCUGGGAAGUCCAAUUGGCCGGGGAGGGGAGGUGGCCCUUCUUAAAAUGGCUGCUGAGGACGGAGGACAGGAAGACGAAGGGAACAGAGAUGGCGAAGGGUACGGCAGCCCCCACCACCACCAUCGCCACCCUCACCAUCCCCAGCAGGACAAACUUCUGACCAACAGAGAUCUGAUGGACACUCCUCUGUCGCCAAUCGGCACCAAGGUGUCCAACGUCCCCGAGGUGCAGGGGAUGGUCAGCAUGACUUUCAGCGAGACGCCAUGGGAGACGAUGGAGUGGCUGGACCUGACGCCACCGAGCUCGACCACGGCGUUCAGUAUUGCUCCAGCCAGCGGGCCCAGCAUCUUCAACACAGAGUUCCUGGAUGUCACAGACAUUAACUUGAACUCUGCCAUGGACCUUCACCUGGAGCACUGGUGAAAGCAGCAUGCUAGCCAUCAGCCGUCAAGUAGCUGCAUGGGCCGCUGAUUUCAGCCAUGACCAUACCAAAGAACCGUUGACUUCUUCCCUUCACAGAUUCAGUCCAAGCGCCAGAAUGUGCCUCUUGUUAUAACAUAGAAGAAUGUGACAUUAAGUAGACCAUUAGCCUUCAUUUUAAAGAUUGACAACUGAGUCAGAAGUUUAACUACAGAAUAAUAUGUUGACUUAUUCUCUCCACUUUACAGAAAUUAGCCUCUCAUGUUGUGGUCAUGCCAAGAACCCAAAGAAAGGUGCAUCUUGACAUAUCUUUGUCCUUUUUUGGACAAUGAUGCGCACAACUGCCAAACAGUAAAACAGUGGACACAUGAAGGAUUUUCUAGAUAAUGGAUAAUGAUUACAGUGCUUUAUACCAACACUUUAUGCAAUAUCAGUGUUACCCCACCUAGACUUGAAGACACAUUUUGACAAUCAUUGUAUAUUUUCUGAGUCUAUGUUUGUAUUACUGGAAACAAAAACGAAAGGAAUUACAAGUUGAAUUGGAUUGCUUAGUACGGCCAUUUUGUAAAUAUCUUAAAUGUACUGACAGAGACAAGUUGACGUCUGCAUAUUUUGUCAGUGGUGUGAGAGAAGCACACAAACCACAAAUCAAGUGUAUUAUGUAAUCGGUAUAUCGAACGAUGUAAAUAUGACAAAAUUAUCUCACUGUGCACCUCUAGCUAAAUACACUUUUGUCACAGUUUGCUUGAGCUUAGAAUACGUGUGUAGAAAUGGUUGUCAUUCCUUUGAAGGACCUUUUUUUUAUACAACUUUCUUUUCACUAUUUGGUGUACUUAUCCACAGAAUGACAUUAUUGAGAGAAAUGAAUGUCUUUGAGUAACCUUUGGUCUUAUCGGUUUAAUUGGCAGACAAAUUGUACCUUAAUUGCAACAGAUUUUUAUGAUCUUUUUAUUCCAGUUUCCCCUUUACAGUGUAUUAGUAAUUAGCGAUUCCCUGAAAGCUAUUGACAGACAUGAAAGGGACAGUUCACCCCAAAUUACAAAAAAAGAAAUUCUCU